AUGGGCCAGUUAGCCCUCUGUGGGAAAAUUGAGAACCACCUGGUUGAGCUCCUAAACAAAGCGGCCAAGUCCAAAAUGCUGAAAAAGAAUCUAUACACUGACUGGGAUUGGAAGUUAAAGCUUGCAUUUCCAAAUUUGAUCAUCCCCUUGCUUUUCGGAAAUGGUAAUCCUAAGAUACCAGUUAAUCCAAGAUUGGAUGUUAAAUGGGAGGCCCCAGAACCAGGGUGGCAUAAGAUUAACUUCGAUGGUGCCUUUGCAGGGAAUCCGAGGCGUAGUGGAAUUGGAUGUUGUAUUAGAGAUUCUGAAGGCAUCUGCAUUAAGGAAAUUUCUAAAGACAUCGGUUUGGCCACUAACAAUGAGGCUAAAUUUCGAGCGACAUUAAGAGGUUUGCAAUUGGGGUCUGAGUUGGGGAUAAAAAGAAUCCAUUUGGAACGUGAUUCAUUAAAUGUUAUCAAUAUUGUUCAUAGUAACCAUACCCCUAGUUGGCUUCUCAACCUAUGGCUUCGACCUAUGGUGGGUUUGCUUGAGACCUUUAAAGGUUUUCAGAUUAGCCAUAUCUAUAGAGAAGGCAAUUUGGAAGCAGACAGACUAUCUAAGAUGGCAAUUGUAGACGGAGGUCUUGAUCCAGGUAUACGGCUUAGGCAUAGAUAA